AUGGAGCUGGGGCUCGCGGGCCGCCGCGCGCUGGUCACCGGGGCGGGCAAAGGCAUCGGGCGCUGCGCGGUGCGGGCGCUGCACGCGGCGGGGGCGCAGGUGGUGGCCGUGAGCCGGACGCGCGCCGACCUGGACGCGCUGGUCCUCGAGUGCCCGGGCGUGGAGCCCAUCUGCGUGGACCUGGGCGACUGGGAGGCCACGGAGCGGGCGCUGGGCGGCGUGGGCCCCGUGGACCUGCUGGUGAACAACGCGGCCGUGGCGCUGCUGCAGCCCUUCCUGGAGGUCACCAAGGAGGCCUUCGACACGUCCUUCGAGGUGAACCUGCGAGCCGUCAUCCAGGUGUCCCAGAUCGUGGCCCGGGGCCUGAUCACCCGGGGUGCCCCCGGCGCCAUCGUGAAUGUCUCCAGCCAGGCCUCGCAGCGCGCGCUGACCAACCACAGCGUCUACUGCUCCUCCAAGGGCGGCCUGGACAUGCUCACCAAGGUGAUGGCGCUGGAACUCGGGCCGCACAAGAUCCGCGUGAACGCCGUCAACCCCACCGUGGUCAUGACUCCCAUGGGCCAGGCCAACUGGAGCCACCCCCAGAAGGCCAAGUGCAUGCUGGACCGCAUCCCGCUGGGCAGGUUUGCAGAGAUGGAGAACGUGGUGGACACCAUCCUGUUCCUGCUCAGUGACCGGAGCAGCAUGACCACGGGCUCCACAGUGCCAGUGGACGGGGGCUUCCUGGCCACCUGAGUCCCUGCCCCCCACGCCAAGCCUGUCCUCGCUCCCCUAAUAAACAUGGUUCUCUUGUGCAUCGAUUCCAAAGCUGCCAGGAAGUGGCCGGGGACAUG